GCUUCAGUUUUGAUGAUGUUAUAAGCGGCUUUCCAGAACCUAAAAUUUUUUAUUUCUGGUUUUUCAAUUUAUGAUUUUAUUGAACACAUGAAACAAUUUGCAUUGUAAAUAAGUGCAACAAGAUAGAAAGAUAGAGGUGGAAUGGGUGUUUUGAUAUAGAGAGUGUGACUUAUUAUUCUCAGUGGAGAGAGUUACCAGUGAGUAACAAUGUAUGCAGAUUGGGCGUCACUUCAAGAUGAGAUACAGUUUGACAAAACAAACAGAAGUGUACUGCACAAGUUCCCUUCUGCUGUUGGAAAGGACGUGGCAUGUAGUGUUGUCAGGCAUAUCUCACAGAAUCUCAGUAUUACAGUCAAUACAUGUGAUCCCAGCAAUUUAGAAUCUCAUUCUGAGGUGAAAUGGACUAUGGAGGUGUUAUGUUAUGGUCUGAGUCUACCUUUGUCUGAAAACGAGACUAUUAAGGACUGUGUCAAUGUGUACUGUGAAUGGUUGUCCGCCCUAACAAGCCCUAAGCUGUCAGUACCCAAACCAGUGACCGAGGACCCGAACCCAUAUGCCCAGGAUAUGUUACAUCAUCUGCUGAACCUGUUUGUGCCAAGAUCUGGCUCCGGAGCCGAUCUAGUGAAGAGACAGGCAUUGAUGUGUCAUCGCGUGUUGAGAACUAUAGAGAGUGUCGCUAAAGAAUCGGCCAUGUUGACUAGGGAGACGUGGGAAACACUGCUCAAAUUUCUUCUAGCUGCCAACGACAGUCUUCUCUCCCCUCCCACUGAGAAAGAAGACACCGGAUUGAGUUCAUGUAAGUUAGUCACCAGAGCACAUGAAAAUAAGUUGUUUUUAUUCCCCUUGUCAGCCCUGCUUUCUUUCCUUGCUUUUGCCUAUUUUUUCUUCUGCAGCCGAAUUUUAAAAGUGUUUCGAGUCACAUGUACAUGUAUGUCUGAAGAAGAUGGUGGAAAUGCUGCGUCUGUGAUGGGUCCACCUACCCCACCUGGUCAGAGAAAGUCCACACGCCCACUGGCAGCCAUUACAGCACCACUUACUCAGAGAAUGGGGGGAAAUUUCUACCCAGCUUACUAUUCAAGUUUAUUUGCAAUUGUAUUAGGGCUUAGGACAGAUGAGAAUAUGAGUGGUCCAGUUCUAUCAAACAUACUGUUCAACUCAUGUGACCUACUUCGAGUUGACCUAGCUGGUGCACAGAUUCUCGUGCCACAUAUUCUCAGCUCUCUUGAACUCGUAUUACAUGACCUUGUGCCAAAGUUCAGACUUUGUGAACAGAUACCAAGUGUAGAGUUAAGGAAAGCAUGUGUUCACCUCCUUCUUUCUAUGUUAUGUCUUCCACAACAUUUCAAAGACUUGGAAAUUAAAGAUAUUCUAUCUAAUGAGAGUACACCAGAGCACACAAUAUCGUUUAUAUCCCUGAAGUCACGUACCACAGAACUUCUGUUUAAAGCAUUGUUUGUAGAGACAGACUCGGCUAACACUCAGAUGCUUCUUGGAGGGUUAAUGCUGUUGAUACAGGAUCUAGCCCUGUGUGAGGAGGCAGACCAUGCUACUAUACAACCACCUCAACAUGAGGAUCAGACUGAUGCCACUGAUCCACAUGCUGAUGCUAGUCAGGCCAGUGUAUUGAGUAAUGAAUCUACAGACUCCAGUUAUACAGAAUCUUCCUACCAUAGACUUCAUACACAGUCACAUGAUAAUGAAACAGCUUACGGUCUGUUUGGUCAGGCAACCUCUCUAGUGUGUAAUAGACUCAUGGCUUCAUGGAAAGGUGAACUCAGUACGGCUCUAGCUGCCAUGGAGCUGUUGUCAGGGCUUGCCAAGGUCAACAUUACACCUCCAAACAUGCUUAUGUGCAAACGUACCGUCAAGUGGAUCUGUGACUUCAUUGUGUUUCAGUGCAGUCGGCCGGCCCCGAAUCACUCCCGUGACCUACAUUCAAUGAUUGUGGCUGCUUUUAAAUGCUUAACACUUUGGUUAGUUGAACACAGUCGGUUGUUGUAUGAUAAAGAAUGUCUCCACAAUGUCCUUGAAGUUGUGGAGCUUGGCAUCUCUGGAUCAAAGUCACAGAAGAAAUCUUCUGACACGGGAACUGUGUCUUUAAAAUUCGGCAAAGAUGAAAAAUCGGUUUACACGCAGAAUAAAGCAAGUGAUACACCUAAGUUUAAGGGUGAGAAAGACCUGAUGCCGGCCUCAAUGAGAGUCAAAGAUGCUGCUGAGGCCGUCCUGACAUGUAUCAUUGAUCAAGUGGGAGCAUUUCCUCCACCAUGUGGACCUGAGUCAUUGUUCUCAUUGCUAGAUGAGAAGUCUCUGUUGAGAUACGCCAAAGGAACAGGACUACCAGAACAUGGAUCACCAUUUAGAUACUUUGUCCUGGACAACUCAAUCAUUAUCGGGCUUUUGGAACAACCACUAGGAAAUUACGAAGAUCCAUUGCCAACAGUAACAGCUCUGAUACGAGGUCCGUUUGGUCGACAUGCUUGGACAAUGCAACUUAGACAUUCUCCCCGCACAAAUAAGAUGUCAUCAUCAAAGAGUCUUCUGUCAGAUCCUCAGCGACCACUGCCAAAUGAAAACAUUGGUACACAUCAUACAGUAAAACACAAGUUUUUCCCAGAUAGUGUCGACAAAAUACCCCUUACUAUGGCAGAUAAAAGUAUACCGACCCUAGACUCCCUGGUAACAGAUGUUAAAAUGGAGUCUGACCUAGAUAAACUGAAGAGGCAGAUUGAGCAGCAGACGCAGUUUGAAAAUAACAUUGCGAGGCGGAGUCAGGUGGAGGCGGCACGCAGGAAGACUCCGCCCAUGGAGUGUAAACAACCGAAAGUGUGUCAAGAGUUCCAGACUGCCAGACUGUUUCUAUCUCACUAUGGAUUUUUGUCACUAGAGGCAUUAAAGGAGCCUAGCAACUGUAGCCUUCCUCCAGCUCUAGUGAUGUUGGACACAAGUAACACCAAUUUAUUCUCCGAUAUUGAAGCAUUGGAUAGUAUACCUAGCAGAGAUAGUGAUACUGUUCAUGUCUUCUAUGUGAAAACUGGACAGAAACAGGCACAGGAUAUUGUCUCUAAUGUUUCAUCAAGAACAAGUGUUCAGCCUCAGUUCCUUGAGUUCUUACAUUCACUUGGCUGGCCUGUAGAUAUAGGGAAACAUGCUGGAUGGACAGGACAUGUAGCUACCAGCUGGAAAAUCAUGGAUCAAGAUGAUGCUAGUGAUAGUGAAUAUCCUAGAGGUACUGGUGGAAGUGUAUAUGAUGGUAGACAGCAGGUUUUAUACUGGGCUGAUGUUAUGUCUGAGGUAGCUUUUGUUGUGCCAUCUAUUGACAGUUAUAACAGAUAUCUAGCUGACCCUCAAGGUGACAAGUCACCCCAAUUUAUGAAGAGGAGUUCCUCAGUAACCCUUACAAAACCGCGAUCACUUACCCAGGAAUCUGUUGACAGAAUGCGCCUGGAGUCCCCUGGUUCCCCAACUGAUGCCCCUAUGAUGAGGUCCAAGAGAGGACGACAACCGUUAAUGAUGGGACCAGAUACCAAAAUAUUUGUUGUUUGGUUGGAAAACUUUGAAGACCAUGAAAAUUUCCCUUCUGUUGAGUUACUCGGUGUAACUAGCACUGGCCUGGAACACCACUCUACAAGCAGUUCACUGACAUUACCUAGAGCACCAGAGAAAGACGUGUUUAUAAUCUUCAUACAUGCUCUACAGAAUGGAUUGUUCCGUAUACAUAUGCAGGGACAAACUGGAAAAUUAACAAUGGCUAUUCCAUUGGUUGAUGGGAUGGUUGUGAGCAGACGUUGCCUUGGUAACCUGGUCAGACAGACGGCUAUCAACAUUUGUAAGAGAAAACGUCUCGAGAGUGAACUGUAUCAGCCCCCACAUGUUAGAAGGAAGUUAAAGAUCCAGGAAAUGGUGAAGAAUUACCAGAUGAAAAUGGAUGCUCCUGAUUUCUAUACUGCCUUGUUCCAGGAUGUGUGCAAAGAAUAGUUGACAUUUACUUAGAUUUUUUUUCUGCAUAAAUUUAAUGUUGAUGAAAUGAGACAUUUUCAGUGCCAAGUCGGAUGCAUAGCUUUAGUUUGGCAUCGGUUUUCUUCUUUAGUAAAGACAACAAAAUAGAGACAGUAGGUUUUGAAAUUUCAAGUAUUUGCUCAGUGAUAUUUGCAAAUACAGUCAAACUUUGUUUGCUCCAACUCAAAGGGCCUGUGCAAAUUUGUUCGAGAGAUUCUUGUUCAAGCCAACCAAGGUUGAACUAUUAUCAUGUAGAUGUUGAAAUUGAUGAAAAAUGUCUGGAUACUGUUACAUUGCUAAAGAUAUUUAACCAAAUUAUCACAAAGUUAGAAUUCUUUGUCUUGUGAAGUGUAAAACACCCUGUUUCAUGAAAUUUAAAAUACACAAAUUCAAUACACAUAUCUUCCUAUGCACUUGUUUAUUUAUUCAAUAAACCAGUACUGGGCAUUAAACUUGAUUUGUUUGAACUGUUCUAGUCUGUUGGAAACUGUUAGCAUCACAUACCUGUACAACUAUCAUGUUUGAAAGACGAAAUACACAAAUGGCAUAUACAUGUAUUAUGUAUUAGAAUAUGAACAUGGCAUGUGUAAAAUGUGCAUUUGUGUUAUAUGUAUAGACAUAACUGAUUUGUUAGAUUUUUUUCUUAUAGUAUAUGUUGAAAUUCUUUUAUGUACUGUGUAAACACAAUAAUGUAUUUGAUAUGUUAACAUGACAGUGUAUUAGAAAUGUAAACAUGAUUAUGACUAUGUAUAAUGCAUGUGGCUGUAGCUCUAUGACAAUGUAAACAUGGAAAUAAGAUAGAUUUGAUAUAGCAAAUGUAUUAGAAAUGUAUACAUUAGAUACCAGGAAUGUCCAUGGUUCAGUUAAAAAAGUCCUCUUCAAUUUGAAUCCAUGGUUUGAAAUACCAUAAUCAGCAUGGUUAAGAUAACAGCUCUACAUUAGAAACCAUGGCUUGUGUAGCAACAAUUUCCUUAAAAAUCAUGGUUUAAUAACAAUAAUCCUAUUUAAAAAGAAACCAUGGUUUAAAUUAUAACAAUCCUUUUAAAAAAAGAAACCAUGGUUUAUAUAACUGAAGUCCUUUAAAAUUAGAAAAUGGGUAAAAUAUACAAAAACAACAAAGAAAAAAUGUUUGUGUAGAAACAAUUCUUUUAAGUUAGAAACCAUGGCUCAGAUUAGAGAUGUUUAUUAGGAUAUUUGUACAUAUUAGAAAUUUGUUAGAUAUUGUAAAGUUUAGAAUAUUAUGAUAAGAGAUUACUUUGUACAUAGUUUUGUACAUGAAUUAAAAAAAUCAUAACCAAAAAUAAAGUGCUAGAGGUUGAUUUAUAGUUGUUCAUGUAGUAAUAUGUUUAUAAUACAAUAGUUGAAAUAGUUUUGCUAAAUAUGUUAAUCUAAUGCUUAGGAAAACAAUCUUUAAAAAAACUCCCUUUUUAAAGAAAAUAAAAGAUUGUUUCAUGAUAAACUACUUUGGCAAGACAAUUAACAAAAUACUAGAAAUGUUUGCCAAUUAACAUUAUGUUAACAUAGUUUGAGUAGAUUGUUUAUGUUAUUAUAUUAUGUUAUAGCAAUUUUAUUUUGAUUUAGUGUAUAAACAUAUAAAUAGCAAUUUAUUAUUAAAACAUACAUGUAUUUGAUCAAUCAAAAAGGUGCAAUAUUUGUUAAUGUUUUAACUAACUUGAGAAAUAAAAAUGGAAAUGUU